GGCUGGACUUUUUCUCUCUGGAGAUUAGAAACUUGACCAGAAUCCCCACAACAUUGAAAGGACUUUCUGCCUCAAUAAUUAGCUUUGGAUGUAAAUGAAAGAUUCUAUGUGUUCAUGACCAUUGGGGGCUAGAGAUGUUGAAACAUCUGAUUGAUGUAAAGAAAGGGCUAAGUGUCUCAAGGUAAUUGUUGCUGCCUAAAGGAAUCAGAAGGCAGUUUUUUUUGGAAUAAAGUGCUGAAAGUUUUGAACCGCCCGGAAGUAAAUUGCAAGUUCUUUGCAGACUUUGAUAACGGAUUAUCCUUCAGCAAACUGCAAUGAAAAUCCUCAAAGGAAACAGAGCUGAAGGACUAAGUUCGAACCAGUGGCUAAUUCAUUUACAAACUUCAGUUCUCCUCUUCGCCGUACUGCUACAAAUGAUGCAGGUCAGUGGCUCGAUGCUGGAGGACACGAUCAGUAACUGGUCCUUGUAUAAAGAUCAGUGUUUGCAAAACCUAACCAAGGCCAGUAAUAAAACUGGAAUAUUUUGUAAUGGAAGCUUUGACCAAUUUGUAUGCUGGCCAGAAUCAUACCCAGGAAAUGUUUCAGAACCCUGCCCCUGGUAUCUCCCUUGGAUUAAACCAGGAAGCACAGGAAUGGUCUACAGGCAUUGCCUAGAAAAUGGUAGUUGGAUGACAGUCUCAAAUUCUACUGCAGUCUGGCGGGAUCAUUCUGAAUGCUCUGAAGACAGCCAUGAUGUCCUGCAGAAGAAAAAUCAACAUGGGUUACUGAAGGCUGUGCAAUUGAUCUACACUGUGGGUUACUCUCUCUCGUUGGCCUCACUCACACUAGCUGUGCUGAUUCUGCUGUGGCUCAGGAAGCUGCAUUGUACUCGAAACUACAUCCACAUGAAUUUGUUUGCUUCCUUUAUUUUGCGAGCACUGGCUGUCCUCAUAAAAGAUAUGUUCCUGAAUAAUACUUACUCCAAACACCCAGAAGAUGAAAUGGGAUGGAAGACCUUUUUUGACACAGAGGUUUCAAAUGGAUGUAAGAUGGCACAGGUUUUCAUGCACUACUUUGUUGGAGCCAACUUUUUCUGGCUUUUGGUGGAAGGAAUUUAUCUUCAUAAAAUGAUCGUCCUUGCUGUCCUUUCAGAGAAAAGCCUGUUAAAACAAUAUGUCCUGAUAGGAUGGGUGUGCCCACUAUUCUUUGUUAUACCUUGGACAAUUUCAAAGGUUAUCUAUGAGAAUGAAUGGUGCUGGGGAACAAACAAACAUACGGGAAUCUGGUGGAUCAUUAGGGGGCCGGUGAUACUUGCAAUAGUAAUGAACUUCUAUAUCUUCAUAAAAAUUUUGAAAAUGUUGCUUUCAAAACUUAAAGCCCAACAAAUGAGAUUCAGUGACUACAAAUACAGGUUGGCCAGAUCAACUUUGGUUCUGAUACCUCUGCUUGGCAUCCACGAGUUUGUAUUCAUCUUCCUAACAGACGAGCAGAUUCAGGGUUCCCCGCGACACAUCCGUCUCUUUAUUCAGCUUGCGAUCAGCUCCUUCCAGGUUCAAGAGCUUGAGACUGAAGAGGCAAGUCGCUGGCAUAUCAAGAGAUAG